AUUUUUGGCAUGUGCAUUCUGGGAACUCUGAUAACUGAAUACAACUUCAAAAGGGCUCAAGCCAGUGACCUCAAAAUGAGGUUCACCGAACAGUACACAAUGAUGAAACCUGAAGCAAUAAAACACCGAUGAACUUAAAUUUAAACAUCACUAUUUGGACAUGAUUGAACUUUCAUUUAAUUUUAUUUUGUUUUGGAGUUCUGGAUUGUCUCCAGACGUUAUCCUUUCAUAUCUUAAAUUGUGUCUCAAACGUGUUGGGGUAGAAUCCAACAGUUAAGUUUAGCACAUGGUUCGCGUAAUGUUAUGGAGUACUGUACUUCUUUCUGAAUAGAGGACUUCUCAAUCCCGACCCCCAGGGGGAACUGAGGCAAACUUACUUUUGAGAGCCUCUUUGAAUGACUGGAGAAAAUCGCAGUUCCUCUGCCUUUGUUUCUUUUUUCCCAAGUUUCGGAAACCACCUGCCCCGCAAGGCACACCUGUCAUUCUCACCGCUUCAGCCCAGGCAGCAGGCUGGUCGCCGGCUCCUUCCCGCGGGAGGAGGAGACAGCGCGGACGGAAGAGUCUGGCGCGCGGCCGCUCGCGGGAGCGGCAGAGGAAGGCUGAGGGGCGGUGACGGCGCGCGGGUGCGCGCGCCGCCGCCGCGUCACCAGCGUGCGGCACGUGCCCGUGUUUACGUCCCUCGUGGAGCCGCCGACGUCAGCAGCCGAAUGGUAACAUUGUGGCGAUACUGAAGCGCAGAGUUUAGGAGACGCCUCCAUCCGUCAGGCAGCUCCGGACGGUUGAGAAGAGGAGAAAAGGCGGGGAGAUCAGCCCGGACAAACGACGGAGACGUACACACCGCGGGCCCCGACCUCUUACCGACCUGCCUGGCGCCGCGGGAUCCGCGCCUCACCUCCAGAGCGCUACAGUCGCAGCACCGCGGCCUCGCACUGGAGGCGGCCGGGGCGGGCGUGAGGCGCUGCUGCAGCACCGGGCUUGUAAACAGAUCCGGCCGCACGUGACCAUGUGAACUACCUGCUCCAGCAACGCGUAUUGUCUUUCCCGCGAGCCGCGCCACAAAGGAGCGUGGCGGGUCUGAGUGCGGAGGGACGGGAGAGCGAGCUAGGAGAGCCGGCUAGGGCGCUAAGAUGGCUGAAGGCGCCCAGCGAAGUUGAGCCGGGGGCGCGGCGCAGCCAGCCGGCGAGUCCUCGGGCGGGUAGGGCCAGCAUCGCCUCCUCCGCGGCCUGGCUCCGGAGCCACCAUGUCGUUCGCGCUGGAGGAGACUCUCGAGUCGGACUGGGUGGCCGUGCGGCCCCAUGUGUUCGAUGAGCGCGAGAAACACAAAUUCGUCUUUAUUGUGGCCUGGAACGAGAUUGAAGGCAAGUUUGCCAUAACCUGCCACAACCGGACGGCCCAGAGACAGAGAAGCAGCUCCCGGGAGCAGGCGGGGGCGCGAGGGGGCGCCGAAUCUGGCGCAGCCGCGUCCGACGAGACCCGCGGGCCGGGCAGCCCGGCGGGCAAGGGGAGGCCCGAGGCCACUGCCUGUGCGACUCUGGGAAGGAGCCCCGGACCCCGUAGGAGCCCGGCCUGGGCGGAAGGCGGCUCUCCCCGGAGCGCGCGCAACCUUCGCGGAGACUCAUUGUUGCGGAGUCCGGCCGGCAAAGGGGCAGAGAGCCCUCUCAGGAGCCCAGUGCGAGCCAAGGCCAGCCCGGUCCGGAGGGGAUCUGAAGGCAGAGAUGUGGGGGCCGCCGCUGUGGCAUUCCCGCCGGCGCCCAGGGAGGCCCCAGUGACCUCGGUGCGGGUAGUGAGCGCUGGCGGGUCGGUCUCCGAGGAAAUCGAAGUGCUGGAAAUGGUGAGGGAAGACGAGGCGGCCCCGGCGUCCCUGGAGCUCUCGGACGCGGAGCAGCAGCCACCCGCGGUUGAGCUGGAGUCCGCGGCGGAGGAGUGCAGCUGGGCCGGGCUCUUCUCCUUCCAGGAUCUGCGCUCUGUGCACCAGCAAUUGUGCUCGGUGAACUCGCAGCUGGAGCCGUGCCUGCCGGUGUUCCCCGAGGAGCCUUCGGGCAUGUGGACCGUGCUGUUCGGAGGCGCCCCGGAGAUGACUGAGCAGGAGAUAGACACUCUGUGUUACCAGCUUCAGGUCUACCUGGGCCACGGCCUAGACACCUGCGGCUGGAAGAUCCUCUCCCAGGUACUCUUCACUGAGACCGAUGAUCCUGAAGAGUAUUACGAAAGCCUUAGCGAGCUGCGGCAGAAAGGCUACGAAGAAGUGCUUCAGCGGGCCAGGAAGCGCAUCCAAGAGCUCUUGGAUAAGCACAAGAAUACAGAGAGCAUGGUGGAGCUUCUGGACUUGUAUCAGAUGGAGGAUGAAGCCUACAGCAGCCUUGCAGAAGCCACGACUGAACUCUAUCAGUAUUUACUACAGCCAUUCCGAGACAUGAGAGAACUUGCCAUGCUAAGAAGACAGCAGAUCAAGAUUUCCAUGGAGAAUGAUUAUCUGGGUCCCCGAAGAAUCGAAAGUCUACAAAAAGAAGAUGCUGAUUGGCAGCGGAAAGCUCACAUGGCUGUGCUGUCCAUUCAAGAUCUUACUGUCAAAUAUUUUGAAAUAACAGCUAAAGCUCAAAAAGCUGUGUACGAUCGAAUGCGAGCAGAUCAGAAGAAAUUUGGUAAAGCAUCAUGGGCAGCAGCCGCUGAGCGUAUGGAAAAACUACAGUAUGCAGUUUCUAAGGAGACUCUGCAGAUGAUGAGAGCUAAAGAGAUCUGCUUGGAACAGAGGAAACAUGCACUAAAAGAAGAGAUGCAGAGUUUGCAGGGUGGUACAGAAGCCAUAGCUCAGUUGGAUCAGUUAGAAGCUGAUUAUUAUGAUCUGCAACUUCAGUUGUAUGAAGUACAGUUUGAAAUCUUGAAGUGUGAAGAGUUACUAUUGACAGCACAACUGGAAAGCAUCAAAAGACUUAUAUCAGAAAAGAGAGAUGAAGUGGUGUAUUAUGACACUUAUGAAAGUAUGGAGGCCAUGCUGGAGAAGGAAGAGAUGGCAGCGUCAUUGCAUUUACAGAGGGAAGAGCUACAGAAACUUCAGCAGAAAGCACGCCAGCUAGAAGCAAGACGUGGACGGGUUUCAGCCAAGAAAGCCUACCUCAGAAAUAAAAAGGAAAUUUGUAUUGCAAAACACAAUGAAAAAUUCCAGCAGCGCCUUCAGAGUGAAGAGGAAUAUAGAACCCAUCAUACACUACAACUAAAGAGAGAAAAAUUACAUGAUGAAGAAGAACGAAAAAGUGCCUGGGUUAGCCAAGAAAGACAGAGAACACUGGAUAGACUUCGAACUUUUAAACAGAGGUACCCUGGUCAAGUCAUACUUAAAUCCACCAGAUUGCGAUUGACUCAUGCAAGAGGAACGGGUGUCGCCAGUCCUGUGCCCUGUGAGGACCAGUGCGACUCUCUACCAGGAACACUUCAGGUAGAAGAGAAAAGUGAAGAGGUGGAGGAAGGAAGAGGCAAACUUGGGUCAUCACAGACAGCAAAAGCCCGAAGCCUUGGACAACUUGAAGAUACUUCAUUAGUACAACUUGAAGCCACUUCAUUACCUCUCAGUGGUGUUACCUUGGAACUGCCUCCCACUGUUUCUCUUCCACUUUUGAAUAAUAUUGACCUUGAACCAGGUUCUGUUACCACAGAUCCACUCCCACCACCUCUUCCUCCAACACCACCGCCACCACCACCACCUCCUCCCCCUCCCCCACCACCGCCACCUCUCCCUUUUGCUAGGGACAACAACCCAGAGACACUGGAGCAAGGUCUGUCUAGAAUGGAGGGGAAUGAGAAGAGGAUCCCUAAGUCUGCGAGUGCCCCUUCAGCACACCUGUUUGACAGUAGCCAGCUGGUCAGUGCCAGGAAGAAGCUCAAAAAGACUGCUGAAGGUUUACAGAGGAGGAGAGUGAGCUCACCCAUGGAUGAGGUGCUAGCUUCCUUGAAGCGUGGUAGUUUUCAUCUGAAAAAGGUCGAACAGCGAACUCUGCCUCCUUUUCCUGAUGAAGAUGACAAUAAUAUCUUGGCACAAAUAAGAAAGGGGGUAAAAUUGAAGAAAGUACAAAAGGAGGUUUUGAGAGAAUCCUUCACACUUCUUCCUGACUCAGACCCUCUAACACGGAGUAUCCAUGAAGCUCUGAGAAGAAUCAAAGAAGCAUCCCCUGAGUCGGAGGAUGAAGAAGAGGCUUUGCCUUGCACAGACUGGGAGAACUAACAAGUGACUCACCAAAAAGAAAAAAUACCUACAGUUGAAGAUCGGUUCAUAUUCUUUUGGAAACAAAAUUUUAAGCACUUGGUUUCACAAUUGGAUUCCAUUAGAUCCAAAGUGUAUUGGCUCAGUGGUGUGAAAGAAAGGAAGCACAAUUGGCAAGUUACCACUUUUCCAGUCAUUCCAAUAGAUGGUAGUUACAACAUGAGUUUUAUAUGUGCAGUGUUCCUGACUGCAGUGAAGAAAAGGCAUUCAAGGAGAUCUCUGUUUUGGUUUGGUUUGGUUUGGUUUUUUUUACCACCUUUCUCUUUUGUCUACCCACUUAGGUACUUAUAGUGGCCAGUAAAGCUAGGGGUCGCUAUGAGUUGGAAGAACACUGGUUUGACAGAGAUCUGCUGUGAGCUGUAUUGGGACUGCUUUGAAAUCCAUCUUUCAGUGCAUCUUUCAGUAAUUUGCUUGAAAAUUACAGAGCUUCUUCCAUAUUAGCUUAUAUAGUGUAACACUCUGAAAAAGAAGUUUAUCAUGAUAGUUAUAAGACAGGAAUUGAAAGAAAAUCGGAUGGAAAUGUACUGAAAUUUUCCACAUUACUCAUCUCCAGAGGAAUUUUCAUAAAGAUGUUCAGCAACAUCUGGAUAGUUACAUAACUAUGGAGAUACAUCUAUUAAUGUGUUUACCACAACAUGAUACAUUUAACAUGGCAUAUUUUUAGAAGACCACACACUCACACUUUGUAAGUUUUUGAUGCUUUUAAAUAGCUUUUCAUAAUUGUGAAUUUAUAAUAGUUUGACCUUUAUGUGCAGCUUUGUUUACGAGAAGCAAUACUUUGUAAUUUGAUAAUACUUCAAAUUAUUUUUAGUCUUUUUGUUUGAACUAUUGCUCGAUUAUUAUAACUCAACAUGACUUUCCUUAUUGAGAAUCAAAAAUCAGGAUUCAGUAAUAGGGAUGCAGAUCUUAAGUCUUUUUAUCAUGCACCAUUUAAGUUUUUAUUUUUAUGCUCCACAGUGGAAAAAUGUGUGCUCUACAAAUAUGCAGAAGGAAAUAGGCAGAAAAGCCUCCUUAGCUGGCAUUUCACUAUCUUCACAUGCUUUGAGUGGAAUUUUGGGAGAGAGCCUUUGUUAUUGUCACUAAAUUUUCAAACAUAUAUGUAGCUCUAGGGGCCGAUUUUGCUGUAAUUGAGUCCUGACGGAUGCAUUUAUAUGAAUGGAGUCAUUAUGAAUUCUUGGCUGGACUGUUGUGGGCUUGAAUGAAGGUAGAUAUGUUGGACCCAGUUUACAGCCCUCUGUAAAGUGUAAUUCUGCAUAAGACUGAUCUUGGCCUUUAUAUGAAGGGAGUUAAUGACUGAAGUACCAAAAAGAACUUUUAUUUCUUAUGAAGCAGUUCUCUGGCCUAGACCCAGAAAGCAGUCCAAGAGUUAAAGCCCUCCAACGUAUGUGAAUUGGUAUUCCUAUAGAAAAAAAUGUUCACGCCUUUGUCACUUUAAUAUGUUAUUUCCUUGAAAAUAAUUAUGGAGAAAAAUUUCUGGCAACAGGUUAUAUAAAACAAUCUUCUUAAAUGUUGGUAAUAUGUUUAUUAAUAAGACGAGGAGCUUUUGCACAGCAUUUUCACAAUACAUUGGUUUGGUCUAGCACUAUUCUCACAUCUUGUCUGGCAAAAUUAGAAAUACAAAUCUGAUAUAUCAACUGAAUCUUCAUCCCUUGAUUGGAGAGAGAGUGGGGGAAGAUUUCUUUCCCAUAUACCCAUCAGUAAAGCAUUGAAGCAUGCUUUUUAACCCAAAGGAUGAUUGGUUUGAUUGUUAAUAUAUUUGAAAAAAAUUUUAGCAAAUUUGCAAACCUUAAAAAAUUAUGUAUUAGUUUUAUGCCUUUGGAUGCUUGUUUAUAAAAUGUUUUGUUUUUCAUUCAUGGACAUUUUGAAAAAUACAGGAGGAUCUGUAUUUAACAGCAAAAGCACUGGAACUUUCAUAUGUCUAGAGGGAAUUGCUACCCAUUUAGUUUUACAGCUGGGAUUCCUUUAAAAGACAGAUUCACUUAUAGAAAGGUCCUAUCUUCUUGAGCCACGUUGUAAUAAGUCUCUAGCAAAUAAUGGAUGGUAUACAGACUCCUCUGAUCCUUGUAGGGGUGCUUCCAUAGCUCUUAGCACAUCCCAUAGUAGCAUUUCAUGAAGAUUAUCUCAUACUUGAAGAUGAGUAGGUUAAAGUAGUCAGCUGUGCUUAUUCUCUUCUAUUAAAUAUACUUUCUCUAACACAAUCACUUCCCUUUGAGAUUCAGGUUCCUAUUUGCACAAAAUUGCAUGUUACUGUAGGUCAUCAACCUUUUAGAGUUCUCAGAAAUAAUAUUAAAAUUUUAAAUAACAACAGUCCACUUGUCCAUCAAAAUGAGAUGACCAAGUUGAAUCCUCAUCUUAAUUUUAAAGCAUUUUU